CGUGAACUGGCAAGAAGAGCAGCUAUUCGCUUGUCUGCUUCACUUUAGCUUUGUUUGUGACAACCCGCUCUCAUCAUGAUUCAUGAACUAACAUGCGCUCCUCUCUCUCUCUCGCUCGCGUACACUAUAUUUGUAUGAAGAAUUGAAGAACUAUAUCUAAAACUGAGAGAGAGAGAGAGAGAGAAAUUCAAUUUUCAGUGUCUGUCUCCACCUCUCUCGCACGUUCCUGUGUUAAUCCAUUUGUUUAUUUCCAAAGGAAGUAUUAUUUUAUUUAAUAUUUGAAACAAAAUAGUUUACUACAGUUGGUUCUUGUCCCUCUGUCGCAUGUUCCUUGGAUGACGCUUCAAGCUCGAAACCUCGUCGUUUUCUUCUCCUUCUGCUGUGGCCUUUUGUUGCUUUCGUUCACUCUGUUCGAGAUAUAAAAGAAACCAAAAAAAUAAAUGUAUUUGGCAAUUUCUGUUUCUGGGUCUCAUUGCUUCCAGUUUCCCGCUCUCCCUAAAAGGGUAUAUUAGUUGUGUUGCAUCUUUCUCUCAUUUUCUGGGAAAAAGUAAAAGAAGAUGAAUACCAGAGUGCGCACUACUCUUCAGGCAAUGAAAGCUCCUUUGAACCUUGAUAAAAAGGAGAAGAUGGAGACUCGGGGGAGCAGAGUAAUCGACGCUAGGAAACAUGUGACCAAUCGACGCCGAUCAAAUAAAGAAAGGAAAAUGGCCUUACUUCAAGAUGUUGAUAAGCUAAAAAAGAAGCUCAGACAUGAAGAAAAUGUCCACAGAGCAUUGGAGAGGGCUUUUACCAGACCUUUAGGAGCUCUACCUCGUCUUCCUCCUUAUCUCCCUCCACAUACAUUAGAGCUUCUUGCUGAAGUAGCCGUUUUAGAAGAGGAGGUUGUUCGUCUAGAAGAGCAAGUUGUGAAUUUUAGACAAGGUCUCUAUCAGGAAGCUGUGCACCAAUUCUCCAAGAGGAAUGUGGAAAAUUCGGGUGAUUCGAUGGAUCAUAACUUGAUUAGAAGCUCCAAACAUCAGCGAUCAAAGUCUUUGCCCCAAAAUGAGCUCAAUUCAGCAACAUCCAUGGCCAGACCUCAACCUUCUCUUACCAGAAGUACUUCAAAUAGGAAGCUCUUGUCGUCUGAUACCGGCCCUGAUCGAACCACAAAUUUUUACAGUAGGCCAGCUAUGGGGAGACAAUCUAGUAAGAAACCCAAUUCCUCUCCAUCUUUUCCAGAAAAUGGACGAGGAAAAGAGAAUUGGUUGUGUGCUAAUUCUGUAAAGGAUAAGCAAUCUCCCGAAAAGAAAUGUACAAAAGUUGUAACCCCAGUGAAGAAACCUCCAAUUAAGCAUGAAUCAGUGGAGAAGUGUGUUGAUCCUUUAAGGUCUCAGAUAGAGAGCAGAUUAGUAGACCAGGAGAGAGCACAGGAGAACUCUUCUUGUUCUUCAGAUGAUAGAAUAUUGGAAGCUGAUAGCACCCCCAACAAAGUAUCUGAGGAUAUAUUGAAGUGCUUGUCAAGCAUUUUUGUGAGGAUGAGCACAUUGAAGGACAAAGUAGUAGAAUCAGGGACUUGUCAAACACUAGCUUCUCAUGCAAGCAACAGAGAAGCAGAAUUCCGAGAUCCAUAUGAUACCUAUUCAGAAUUCAGAAAUAGAGAUGUUGGUCCUUACAAGCAUCUCUGUUCAAUUGAAGCAAGUUCAGUUGAUUUCAACCGAACAACAAAUGCUUUGUUUCUGAUCCAUAGACUAAAGGCCCUAUUUGGAAGGCUUGCCGCUGUGAACUUAGAGGGUCUUACGCAUCAGCAGAAGCUUGCUUUCUGGAUAAACACUUACAAUUCCUGCAUGAUGAAUGCAUUUUUAGAGCAUGGGAUACCUGAUACCCCUGAAAUGGUUGUAGCACUAAUGCAAAAGGCGACAAUCAUUGUGGGAGGACAAUUGCUUAAUGCAAUUACAAUCGAGCAUUUCAUCUUGAGAUUGCCUUAUCACUUGAAAUUUACAUGUGGAAAAGCUGCAAAAAAUGAUGAGAUGAAAGUACGAAGCAUAUUUGGAUUGGAAUGGUCUGAACCCUUGGUUACAUUUGCCCUCUCCUGCGGAAGCUGGUCCUCCCCUGCUGUGAGGGUGUACUCAGCAUCUCAAGUUGAAGAAGAGUUGGAAGUAGCAAAGAGAGAGUAUUUGCAGGCAGCAGUUGGCAUUACCAAGACAAACAAAUUAGUAGUUCCCAAGCUACUAGAUUGGUAUCUACUUGACUUUGCUAAGGACUUGGAGUCAUUGCUGGAUUGGGUCUGUCUGCAGCUACCCGACGAACUUCGUAAUGAAGCUGUUAGAUGCCUUGAGAGAAGGGGAAGAGAACCCUUUUCACAGUUAGUACAAGUAAUGCCAUAUGAUUUCAGUUUCAGGUUACUUCUACAACGAUAAGAGAUAUAUUUUUUUUUUUUCAAAUCUUUUUCUUUUCAUUAUAUCUAUUUCUUCAGUCUGUCUAGUUUGACCAACUAUGGAUGUGGUUGGGGUUGUGUACUGAUAUACAAGUGAGAGUACAUAUAUAAUCUAUAGCAUUUGUAAGUGUGGGCAAAAUUUUGUUGUUAUCAACACAUGGGUUCAUUAUUUGGGAAAGCGUAAAUGAAUAUGGUGAAUUCUUUGAUUCAAAA